CUCCCUUCCGCUGCAAAGACCUCGCGCCGCAGGCGAAUCAUGGCUGGCGCUGCCGGCCCGACGGGCGCGCACUGAGGAGAGCCCGAAGCUACACCCCCCCCAUACAAACACACACACCCCCACCCCGGUCGUCGGGGCGCGGUCGCACCAUGUCGGCCGUAGCCUACGUGGACUUCGUGGCGGCGCAGUGCUUGGUCUCUAUCUCUAACCGCUCGGCCGUGCCCGAGGCAGCGCGGCUGAAGGUGCCGGGCGAGGGGGAGGCGGCCCGGGAGCUGCGCGACCCCCGCGACGCCUGGAAGGACUAUUGCGCCCUCCUGGCCAUCGCCAAGAGCCUGCUGGAACUGAACAAGUACCGGCCGCUGCCCGCCCCCUCCGUCUGCAGCGACAGCGUGGAGAGCCCCGACGAGGACGCGGGCUCCGACAGCGACGCGGCCACAGAGCCGGGCUCCAGCCCUCCCCGCAGCCCGCCGCCGGGGCCGUCCCCCCGCCUGCGCGCCGCCGGGGCCGCCCCCAAGGGGAAGCUGGCGGCCGAGAAGCGACACAAGUGCCCCUACAGUGGCUGCGGCAAGGUCUACGGCAAGUCCUCCCAUCUCAAGGCGCACUACCGCGUGCACACAGGCGAGCGACCGUUCCCCUGCACGUGGCCUGACUGCCUUAAGAAGUUCUCUCGCUCGGACGAGCUCACCCGGCACUACCGAACCCACACCGGCGAGAAGCAGUUUCGAUGCCCCCUCUGCGAGAAGCGGUUCAUGCGGAGCGACCACCUGACAAAGCACGCCCGCCGCCACACCGAGUUCCACCCCAGCAUGAUCAAGCGAUCCAAAAAGUCCAGCUCCAGUAGCUCCUUGUGAAGGCAGGGCCAGCCCAGGGAUGGGAGCAGAGGGGAGGACGCAGGCAGUGGCAUCAGAGCAUGAGCAUCCACUGCGGCGCCGGUCGCCCUUGCCAUCUGAAAGCAUAUGUUGCUGACAUUCAAAAAGUACUCCGUGCCCCUCACCCCAUCCUCCACCUCCCCACCCUGCGCUGCGAACAGCAGUGCAGAGCAAGUGGACUGUGGGGUGAGAGGAGGAAAGAGAUGGCCAGCAGAGGAGGUGAUGACCUCCUCAAUGAACGUUGAUGCUGGUGUAUAUACGUGUGACUGGAUGGUCUGGCCUGUGCCCCUGCAGUAGCGUGACCCCAAAGUCUUUGUGAUUGCUGUGUCAUGAACAUGUUUUGUUGAACAGUGUAAUGCUGCUUGUAUUUAGAGUUUGUUGAGUAAAAACACUUUCCGAGUCACGUAAAUAACUCAGAUAAAAGCUCCAUAGCACAUUGUAGAAGUGGGUUUACCUCUGUCUCAGAAUGAUCCUGCAUUUUAAGAGACUGUUAAAAAAAACAUUACAUAUGUUACUAAAAGCGUCUGAGAUGAUAAGAUGAAUUUAUACUCAAGAAGGCCCAUUAAAGUAAAUGGGUCUUUUAAAUUUUUCUUUGUAUUAACUAUACUUUUGAAUAUAAGCUGCACUUUUCCAGUAAAGACAUGUAUAAUUCAAGAAGAUACUUAAAGCAGAACCCUCCCCCCCCCAACAGUUCAGUCAUUUUCUGACCAUGUGUGUAUUUAGUUCUGCUAUUCAUUUAUCUGGAAGAAGACAAGUCAGCCUAGAUAUGUGGCAGGGGUAUGGGAGCAGAAGCACAUGUCUCUCCUUUGAUCCUAUACUUUUAAUUUGUCAAUAAAUACAGUACUGUACUAUAGAUAUGCCACUAACAGUGCUUUAUUCUGCUGUGUUUUGUUUGAAUGGAUGUACGACAGCAGUUACCAUCUUUAUAAACUGCUGCGCUUAUUUUGAAGGCUUUUUCUCUUCCUACGCUUGCCUUAAAGAUUUACUCUCUUCAUACCCUUGCCUAGCUCCCAUGUAGUCCUAUGGGAGUUGUGUGUGUUUUAUGGAGAGAAUAGACCUUUCCCUAAAAGCACUCUGCUAAUGGAAACUCCUGGAAUUGUUGUAAGGAGCACUUCUGGACGGCUCCUGUAUAUCUUGAUAGCUGUUUCUAUAGAGUGUGGGUGAAAACCAUUAGCUGACUGGAAAUACAGCAAGCAAGGUGUGUCGUUACACUCCUUAUGGUGUAAGCUUCUCUUGGUACCCGUGUCAUGCAUGGCACGUCAGACACUGAUAACAGCAAUUACUUUUAUUUUAAAGCUAUCUUUUCCUCUUUAAGGGGAGCAGAAAGAUCACUGAAGGAGAAUUUUCAGCUGUGGUCAUUUAGCUGAUUAUUGCAUUAUUUUUUUUUAUGUUGAAAGCAUAAACUGUAAGAGGUUAUGAGUGGUUUUCUCUUUUUCCCUCCCCAGCUGCAUAAAAGAGGGGGGAGACUUCUGUUUACACAUUUUUUCCAGAAACCUUUUCCUGUUACCCCUUCCUCCCAAAGAGGAAGGGGAGGUGCAGACCUGCUAUAGAGACUUGGGGCCAAAUUCAUCUUGUGAGUAAUCACGUUUCCACUGCAGAUGAAUUUAGGUCAUCUUGUAAAAUUCUGUACAUAAACAAUCUUGCUAGUACACAUGCAACUACAGCAUCUUACCGUUUUACCUGAUGAAAAGCUUGCUUCCUAGAAACAAACAAAAAAAAUAACUCGGAGAAUAGAGUGUUUUCUUCUACUGUUGUAUAAGGCUUUCAGCAUUAGAAAUCAGUUUGCAUAUAGUGUUUUUAAUCUGUGUAGUUCAUGAUAAAUUCCGUCUAUGUGAAGAGAACUGCUUUUAAGGCAUUGGGGAUAUUGAACAGUGUGUGGAGUAAAAAGGGAUGUGUUUUCUUCAGUGAAAACUUCAGGAAACCAAGCACACUUUCUACCUCCGUUUCAGCUUUUUGAAACAUUUAUUUUAGAAACCAAACUUUAAUUUCUGGUGUCCAAAUCGAGUCAGAAGGACAUCCAUUCUUCCUGAUAAAAACAGGUAGCCUUUGUAUUUCUGCUGAUUGAGAAAUACAGAAAGUGUUUUGCUUACCAGCACUGCUAAUGCUGCCUUGUUGAGUGGGGUCAGAGCCACUUGCAGCCCAGUGAGAUUCAUUCUGAAUCCAUCCUGCAGUCUGGAUUGCUGCCAUUCUGUGGGAUGGAUGCAGAACUUGGAAAAUUUCAGGCCUGACCCUGUGAAAUACAAGACACCCUCACAUCUUACCACCCACGACGGGAAGCCACAGCUGAUAAGCAGCUCCUAAAUCAGUGCAUACAUGUGUUGGUCACUUAGCUACCAGGAUUUACGGAUACAUAGAAGUAAUUGGCCAGAUCUAUGGUUUCCACCUUGUGUAUUUGGGGUAGAAUGCACAUAUAAAGAAACGUAGUUGUUCCUACAAAGUCUGAAGGACUGAACAGGCAGGGGGGAGAAGGGGGGGUCAUAGUGUGUGACAAGAACCUGUUUCUGAAAAAAGCCUUGCUAAACGGUAACCCAUUUGCUGUAACGUUGUAAUGUUUGCUGUAUUUCAGCGUUGGACAGACGGGAUUAAUGCAAUUCAUCAACCACUAACAGAAUACAUGGGGAUAAUCAGGUUUGGAGAUUUCGUUUUAUUGUUGUCUUCAUUUGGGGGCUCUGGGUUUUUUCUUUUAGUAAAAGCAGACAAUGGUUCUAACACAUGAAACAAACUGUGGGCUAGUUCUUUGCAUCCUGAAGAUGAAGAUUUGAAGAGCAUUGCAAGUGUCAGAAAAGAAAAGGAAAAUGAGGUUCUCUAACACUGUCUGUGCUUGUACUACUUUGGAAUCACUUGAUAGUGCUGAAGUUAGAACAGCUUCUCUCUUUGGUUAAGAAAGCCCAUCACUGUAGAGAGAUCAUGUCUUUAAAGGUACAACUAUACCACAUAACUUCUUUCUUCAACAGUUUUUCAUGACCUGUAUUACAGGUCUGUUUCCAGCUUGCAGAGGGACUUAGCCCAGCAUACACCAGACUGAACACACAACUUCAAAAUGCUGUUUUACAGACUGGCAAUCUGUAACACUGUAAAAUACCAACUUCCAACAGUUUAAUCAGUUUUAUUUUUGUACAGUAUUCGUAUCCUUUAUAAGUUAUUUUGCUGUCCUGUUUU